AUGAGGAAGCUCAAAUCUUAUAUGCACAAUUAUAGUCGAGCCAUUUUGACAGAUACGGGUGUCAUGAUUAAAGAUCAACAGUCUUUAUCAGCCGAUGACGUGAAGAACAGCCCAGACGUUUUCGAUGCGGCUUCUGAUCCGUUUGGAGACCAACAGGAAUCUACAGCUCGCUCGAGCCUUGAGAGCACUUCUUUAAUCAGCUGUGUGACAUGUCUUAGUGAUAAUGAGAGCCUGAGUGAGACUCGCGGCGGGCGGUCGUUGCCUGCCAACACUUUAAUACCGUAUGCGAAAAUCCUACAUGCUCGGAAAGUAUGCGAAGUGACAACUGAGCUUUCUAGUUACCGGGAUGACGUGACAAGCGGCCAAGAUACUGUUCCGGGAGAUCCAUGUGCAGAGCUGCUAUCCUCACUUAUCGAGGUGACUAUUGCCAAACCGCGGCGCCAAGAUUUAGUACCCAAGAAGUUACUUCUGCGCUUCGGAACAACCCUUGUAGGUGAAGAUAUCGUGGAAACUCUGAUGCAGCGAAGCUACAAGUACAGCAGACCAGGAAAGUCCAUUUUGGUAUUAGUCAAUCCACAUGGGGGCAAGGGCCAGGCUAAAAAAUUAUUCUUGUCAAAAGUUAAACCAAUUUUGAUUGCAAGCAAUUGUGACGUAGAGGAAGUGGACACCACUCACCAGGGCCAUGCCAUGGAGCUUGCUCGAACAAUCGAACUUGACAAGUACGACAUUGUCGCCUGCGCUUCAGGCGACGGAAUACCUCACGAAGUACUCAACGGGCUUUUUCAGCGAGAAGAUCGCGCAGAGGCAUUCAAAAAAUUGGCAAUAACGCAGUUACCUUGCGGGUCGGGUAACGCGAUGAGUUUGUCAUGCCACGGAACGUUAAAUCCUACGUAUGCCGCGUUGAGCGUGGUAAAGGCCCCUGAAAUAAGGAUUGAUUUAAUGUGCUGCACACAGGAAUCCUACAAAAACCAGCCAAGGGUUUCAUUUUUGAGUCAAACCUACGGCAUUAUUGCUGAAUCUGAUAUUAACACAGAGUUUAUUCGAUGGAUGGGACCUUCUCGAUUCGAAUUGGGUGUUUUCGUGAAUAUUUUGCAACGCAAGAAGUAUCCUUGUGAGCUCUAUGUCAAGUAUUCAGCUAAAACCAAAAACGAACUGAGAGAUCAUUACAACUUUCAUAAGAAGAAGCAAGAGGGUAACGCCAGUGGAUCAACUAUUGACAACACGAGGCAAGAGGAAAUUGAAGAAGCCCAAUUUCAAUUGAAGUAUUCCAUAUCCGAAGAAAUUCCAGAGGACUGGGAGGUGGUUGACCCAGCAGUAACAAACAAUCUUGGCAUUUUCUAUUCUGGCAAGAUGCCGUACAUUGCACCGAACACCAAGUUCUUCCCUGCUGCUCUACCUUGCGACGGUAGCUUCGAUCUUGUUCUAACCGAUGCUAGAACAUCUUUGACUAGAAUGGCACCAAUAUUACUUUCGUUGGACAAAGGGAGCCAUGUUUUGCAACCUGAAGUUAUUCACUCAAAAGUUUCGGCCUACCGGUUGAUUCCAAAAAUGGAAAACAGCGUAAUAUCAGUGGACGGCGAGAAGUUCCCGUUUGAGCCAUUGCAAGUUGAAGUUUUACCUGGGUUGUGCAAAACAUUGUCGUAUAAUGGUUCCUACGUGGAGACGGAUUUUGAAAAUAUGUAG